AGGGCCUGCAGUUUAACCAUGUGAUUCAUGCCCAAAGAUCAGCAACUAGAAGGCAGAACAAGCAGCAGGGGUCAUGAGCAGCAGGAGACCACAAAAAGGGUUUUGGAAGUACUACCUGGAAAUAAGCGCUCUUCUCUCCUGCUGGGAUUUCUUUCUAGCCAAGGACUCUUCCCAGGUUACAGCUGGGCAGCCAGUGUGAGUUGUUAAAACAUCUUUUUGCUAACAGCAUGGAUUGGGACACACAACUCAGCUCUCUCUUGACUGCAGCAGACAGCAACAUGGCAAAAAUUAAGCAACGUCUGAACACUGCCAGCAUCUCUUCCAAAGCUGAUCUCUUGCUAGACAGAAUAAAUACUGAGAGUGCUGUUCUGACUGAGCCACAGACUGGACCAUCACCCCUGCAUUUCACAUGUGGAGCUCACUCAUGCUGUAGAAUGGCUGCUGAGGAGCUUUCUGCCAUCAGCAAGCAAUUGCAUUCCCAAGCCCAGGUCAUAGAGUCCCUCACCCAGGCAGUACAUCGGCUAAAACAGGAGAAGGAACUGCAGCAGCAAAGCAUCAGCCACCUAGAGGAGGAGGUGGAUCGACUGCAGCACAGUUCUCACAGCGGCUUAGACUCAGUGCUGGGAGUCAGGAUGGAAGGGCUGAAGACUGAGUUCCGUAGCCUUCGGCAGCAAGUGUUUCAGCAGUCAGAUGGUGACUGUACUCCUGAUCCUUUUUCCAACCCUGGCAUCAUGCAAGAUAUGAGGGAGAGUAAGAAAAUCUUGUGGCAAGAAUAUAAGUGCAUCAGAAGAGAGAUGGAACAUCUAAAGCACAAACUAGAUCAACAAGAGGAUGAUCUGUUCCACCAAGUGUCUGCAACUGAUGAGAUAAAGAAGACUCAAAGAAGAUACUGUCAGAUGCUGGAAGAUCUGACGGACAGUCAUAAAGCUCAGUCUAAGGAUUUGGACAAAGCUAGGAAUGAGACCCAGAGCACUCAGAAGGAACUUAGUCAUGUCAAAACUACAGUUACUGACCUAAAAGAACAGGUGAAAGGUCUGCACUUGGAGGAUGAAUUCUACGCUCAUCCACUAAGAGACAAAAACCCCCAUCUAAGGAAAAAAAGAGUUUUGCUGCAUGAUGCUACCUUGUCAUCCCUUCUCAGUGACGAUUCAGCCUCUGAGUUCAGUCUCACAGAUGUCAGCUCAGAUGAACUCUUUAGUGAACCAGAGAUUGCACAACUUGCUGAUGACAAGAUUUCUAUACCAGGCUUGAAGCUGGAAAAGAACACCCCUGGAGGGGCAGCUGGUGGCACGCUGGAUGCAGAAGACCUCAGCAGUGAGCUGACUGACACUCCUCCUGAGCUCAACUCGAGUGACCUUUAAAACUUCACCUAAGGAUUGCCUCAUUCUUUCUAAUGAGAAAACAAAUUAAAGAGCAGAGAAACAUAUGUACUGUU